AUGUCGGCAAUUCAUCAGAAUGCUCCACGCAUGCGACGUCACAAGCGUCGCAUCAACGACGAUGGCUCCGAGCUUGCCCAUGCCGUUCGAGCUUUCGUCGAUCAGCACCAAGACGACUCUUCUCAGCUUUUGGCUCGUCAGGCUGAUGGCGCAAACGGUGUCGGUCCUCCCAGGGGAGGUGCCGCCAAUCUUCCACCCAUGGGCGGCGGCUUUGGCAGCACCGGCGACGACACCGAUGAUGUCAACAACAACACUGCCACCACCACCUCCACUCGAGGCCCCAACACCCGUACCAACAGCAACGGAAGCGUUCGAACUCCUACUUCCACCUCCAACACCGUUACCUCUACACGAAACCUUUAUAAUCCCACCACCACCGCCACCUCCACCUCCACCUCAGCAGGAUUCAUCGAUGACCUUACCAGCUUCUUGUUUGGCGACACCUCGAGCAGCACCACUCGCUCCACCACCUCCUCCUCUUCCACCUCCUCGACCCCCUCGUCCACUUCCACAUCUUCCACCACAAGAUCUACCUCCUCCAGCUCAUCGUCCUCGUCGCGAACCUCGAUUGUGCCCAUCACGGCUACCGCUGUUGUCACCGCUACCCCGACGCCGAGCGUUGCUGCUGCUGCUGCCUCGACCACGCCCAAGUCGUCCAGCUCGUCAGCGGGUCCGAUCAUCGGCAUCGUCGCCGGUGCGCUCGUCGGCGUGGUUGUUCUAUCUGGUCUCAUCGGCUUCCUGUUUAAGAAGUACAGGAAGCAGGAUGAUCCGUACGAGGCCAACCCCUUCGAUAGGGACACCUUCCAGCGCCACUCGGCCAUGAUCCCAGACCACUACGAGUCCGACGAGGGCCACGGCGGUGCAGGCGGCAUGUCGCCCGAGAUGGCCGAGCACUACCAGCAGUACAACAACUUUGGUCCCCAGUACGAAUCCGGCAUCAGCGCCGGCGCCGCGGGCGCGAUGGGCGCCAUGGCAGCGCACAAUGAGAAUGGCGGUCCUCGUCCUCCCACCAUGUUUGCUAAGCACGCCGCCGGCGUGCAGCAGAAUCAGCCCCAGGUCGGCGGCUACUACAAAGAUGGCGAUUUCUCCAACCAGGUGCCCGCGAUGCCUGCGCACUCGGACUACCAUGCUCCCCCCGUCGCCGCUUUCGCCAACCACCAUGCUGAUCAGCAAUACCUCGAAGAGCCUGGAUUCGGCCCGGGUCGCGCCAUCUCGCCUGCUCCGCAACUGCCGCCUCUGGCCGCGUUUGGCGGCGACCCCUACUCGAUCGCUGGUGUGGGCCGUGGUCAGCAGCAGCCUCACAACGUCGUCAACCCAUAUGCGCAUCUCGACCGAUCGCACGGUGCACCUGGUUUUUCGCCUGGCUCGGUGAUCCCGCACCACACUGGCUCGGGCUCGGGCUCGGUCUCGUCAGGCAGUGAGUCGGCCGACCAGCGUCAUGCUUCAAUCAAUGCGGCUGAGGCUCUGGCGGCAGGGCUUGCGCACCAGUCGUCGCUCAACCGCUCCGUUAGUCCUCAGCACAGCGCUCCUGCUUACGACACUGCUGGUCGACCAGGCACGUCUGAAGGACGUUCGGGCACGCCCGACAUUCCCAACGUCCAACAGACGUACGCGCUGCCCGGUGACAGCGCAGCGCUACGAACGAGCUCGUCAUCGCAAGACGAGGCUGCGCUGCGAAACCCAUUUGACAACCCGGCGCCUCACCACGUACAACAGCACAACGAUCACCAGUUGUCGGUCAGGAAUCUAGUCCCUCACUCAGCGGGUGGCCUCUCUGCUGGACAGAGACCCGUCUCCACCGCAAGCUCGUUUGCUGACCCCGAAGACGCGUAUGGUGGCGUCUACUAG